UGCAAUCGAUCGAGAGGACGAUGCAACACCUUCCUCUCCGAGCCGCGGCGGCGGGUGUGUCCGUGCUUCACCGCCGAGGAAUGAUGUCCUCUUCAAAGAAGAAGGUUGUUGUUGGCAUGUCUGGCGGCGUGGACUCUUCCGUCGCGGCCUAUCUCCUGCACCAAGACAAGUCGCUUGAAGUCCACGGAUUGUACAUGAACAACUGGGACUGCUCCGACGAAGAGGGCCAAGCCACGUGUCCCGCCGAUAUGGAGUACGAGUCUGUGCGUCAGGUGUGUCGCGAUAUUGGGAUUUCAUGCUCCCGGGUCGACUUUGUCCAAACAUACUGGAACAAUGUGUUUGCGCCAUGCCUGGAUGAGUACGCGCAGGGGUUUACGCCCAACCCCGACGUGCUAUGCAAUCGCGAAAUCAAGUUCGACGCGUUUGCGAAUCAUGCCAAGGAUAUCGGUGCCGACUUCAUCGCGACCGGACACUACGCACAGCUGCUUCCCAUUCCCUCCUCUGCGCUUCCAGACAGUCCAAGCAACGGGAACGGCGUGCUCGGUCUGUUUGCUGCCGCCGACUCCAACAAAGACCAGACGUACUUUCUAUCGCACGUCUCGUUGGCCGCGUUUCAAAAGGUGCGGUUUCCACUGGGGGCGCAUACGAAGCCCCAAGUGCGACAGAUCGCGAGUGCCGCCAAGCUCAGUACCGCCUUGGCCAAGGAGAGCAUGGGCAUCUGCUUCAUCGGGAAGCGACCAUUCGGGACGUUCCUGGCACAGUACGUGCCUCCACGAAAGGGGCACUUUGUAUCGGUCGAGUCGAACGCUGUAAUGCACGAACACGACGGGUUCAGCUCGUAUACGAUCGGUCAAGGGGCCAAAGUGUCUGGGCAGUCGAUCAAGUGGUUUGUGGUGGGCAAGCGAGACGAAGAUGCGGCGGUUCUGAUUGCACCAGGCACGCACCACCCAGCGCUCUUUGCCGACCACACUUACGUCGACGCCUCGGCGUUCAACUGGCUCGUGCCGCCGCAUCAAAUCCCAAGUGGCUUUGCCGACAACGGGACGACAACGUUUCGGUGUUUUUACCGAGCGCGGUACCGCCAGCCCCUUGCGGCGUGCACUGUCACGAUCGCUCACGACCUGGAUGCGACGUCGUUGCACCCGAUGCGGCAGACACUGCCGACGUCGUCGACGUUUCUUAAAGUCGAAUUUGACAUUCCCCAACGGGGCCUCGCACCAGGACAGUCGCUUGUCCUGUAUCGAGACGACGGGCUUUGCUUUGGCGGUGGAGCGAUCUACUGCGCCGGGCCGUCUUACUGGGAAAUGCAAAAGCCCCUGCCGUCACCGCUCUACGACUGGCGCUCCUAGCCAACACCAAACCAAAGUCAAACGCACCAUGGAAUCCCAACCACUGCGUCCUCGGAUCACGAGCAUCUCGUCACGGAGGGUAUCAAGGAACGAAUUGCCGUGGUAGCUACAUGAUUUCAGCCUUCAUGUCCUGGCACCACGAGCUACAGCGGCGCAACAAUACUACUCAACCAUCCAACGGCCAUGAAUCGAGUCAUUCGCCUCCUCCUCGUUGAAUGAAUCCGCUUGUGACGAGGCUUUCGCUCUGCAGGCGCUUGG